GGUUUUCAUCUCACUUCAAUCCCACGCUCUUUCUUGGCUUAAACUCAUCGCUUCUUUUCGCUUUCAGCUCUUGGCCCCCAGGAUAGGCUACUUGCCUUUGUUGAUUUCGCUUUUGAAGCCUCACUUCAGCACCGCGCUUCCCCCUGGAGUUGACACCAUUUGGUUUGAAUACAAGGGCCUUCCUCUUAAGUGGUAUAUACCCACUGGUGUUCUUUUUGAUCUUCUAUGCGUGGAGCCCGAGAGGCCGUGGAAUUUGACGGUACACUUUAGAGGAUAUCCAAGUAAUUUGGUGCUUCCCUGUGAAGGUGAAGACAACGUGAAGUGGAGCUUUAUAAACUCAUUGAAAGAGGUCAGUUGUGUGAUUUCUUGUGUGUGUGCAUCGAAUUCUGACGGUACUUGUUUGAUUAAUAACAUGAUACUUUAUGCCUUGAGCCAACCUAGAACCACCCAAACACCUCCCUCCGUUCAUUCUCUUUAUUUUCCUACUCUCCACUCCUCACGCCUUUUAUCUCCUUUUCCUCCAUCCUUGAAGGAAAGUCCAGCACCUAAAGCCAUUAGCUUGGUCGUGGCAAGGAGCUUCUCUCCCACCUUGGACGUCUUGGUUUCUCCCAUGGUGGAAGAAGUCCAUCACCUAGGAGUGGCCUUCAUCUACCUUGGAGUGAGCCAAACCCUAGAGUACUUCUCAAGCAUUCCAUCAAACAUGAUGGAAGAAGUAGGGAGAAGUGAUGAAUGUUCUUCUCCUUAG